GUUUCUCUCUCAUCGAUGUUUCUAGCUCUCUGUCCCUCUCCCUUCCUCUCUGUAAAAAAUCAAUAAAAUAUAUUAAAAAAAAAAAAUAAGACAUAAACAAUUAGCCCAGGCCCGUAGGAUCAUCAGUACCACUGCCUUCUACCUCCAUAUCUUGUUCCACUGGAAGGUCUACAGGGGCAAUAACAUACAUGGAGCUCUCAUCUAUGACAACAGUGCCUCCUGAAAACUUCCUGGAGGACCUGCCUUAAAGCUGUUCCUGAAGCUGUUACUCUUCAAAAAUUUGUCCAUUGUGGUUUGCUGGGCUUGUUUUUCGAUUACUGGUUGACUGCAGGUAACUGAAACCAUGGAAAGGGACACUGCAGAUAAGGGGGACUACAGUAAAACAGUCCUCAUGGAAACAAAGUAAAAUCAGAAGUUGGAUUCAAGCUGGAAGCAAAAUGGGUGGAACUGGUCAAUCCACUAGCCAAUACCACCAAGCACGAUAGUCUGACGCACUGCUGUGCUAGGAAACCACACCGUCAUGAAGACAUCCUGGAGUCUUCCAAUGAGGACAGGGACAGUGCACCAACAAGGAACAACAUUUCACGGACAAGCUAUAUUGACAUUCAAGAGCAAGGCUCCUGGCUCUGAGUUCAAGAUGGCAGAGUAGGAAGAUCCUCUCAUUGACACCAAAACUACAACUAUAUAUAGAACAGCUCUCUGAGAAUGACCUGAAGACUAGCAGAGCAGAUUUUCUACAGCUAUGGAUAUAAAGGAAAAAGCCACAUUGAAACAGUGUUAGGAAGGAUUUUUGCUAUUUGAAGGAGUGGAUUAUGAGGGCGGUGACAACAACAAAGACAGUGAUAACAACUCAGGGGGUUUGCAUUGGAAUCUACCUCAGGAUCCUAGAGAGGAGCUGACUCAGCAGAGUGGAAAAAGCAGACAUCGCAUGGCUCCGACACACAGAGUGUGCUGUCUUCCUCCUGCUGGGAUAGCGACAAUCGUAUCUGCGGCAGCAGCAGGGUCAAGUUUAGCUCUAGCUGUACUCCGUGUACCUGGACGGGCUCCUGUUCUGCAGGGUGCGCUACAGCCAGCUGCAUCGCUGGAACGAACAGCUGAGACGGGUCUUUGGAAAUUGCCUGCCUCCCUUCCCACCAAAGUACUAUCUCGCGAUGACCACAUCUAUGGCUAAUGAGAGGAGGGACCAGUUGGAACAUUAUUUGCAAAAUGUAACCGUGGACCCAAACAUGUUGAGAAGUGAUGUCUUCGUUGAAUUUUUAAAGCGGGUGCAGCUGGUAAGCUUGCUCUUCUUUGCUAAGGUCCUUGUUUCGCUGCAGAACAGGUCUCUACGUGAACCACGCGCGUGUUUUCGGCCCCACAGAGCCUGGACUCAGGACACGUUCAGCAUCACCACCAAGAAAGCCGCCCUGGAUGUACUGCUGCCCGAUGGAAGGAGCAUGGAAGUCGAAAUCCUCACAUCAGACACGGCCGAAAGGGUCCUGGAGGUGGUGUCACACAAAAUCGGACUGUGUCGGGAGCUCUUGGGCUACUUCGGCCUCUUUCUCAUUCGGUUUUGCAAGGAGGGCAAGCUCUCUGUCAUGAAAAAAUUAGCGGACUUUGAACUCCCUUAUGUGAGUCUCCGAAGUUCCGAACUGGAAAACUGCAAGGUCGGACUCCGGAAGUGGUACAUGGACCCAUCCCUCGACUCCCUGCUGAUGGACUGCAGAGCAGCUGUGAAUCUGAUCUACAUGCAGGCCAUCCAGGACAUUCAGGAAGGGUGGGCCAAACCCACACAGGCACAGAGGCAGGAACUAGAGGCUCUCCAGGAAGAAGGCAACCAAACAAAGUUUCUGGAGCUGUCCCGGGAGGUGCGGCACUAUGGCUGUGUGCAGCUGGACCCCUGUACCUGUGACUACCCGGAGCCGGGCUGCGGGGCUGUGCUUUCCGUUGGCAAUAACGAGAUCAGCUGCUGCGUCACCCUGCCUGGCAGCCAGACCCAGCAGGUCGUCUUCCCGAUGAGCAGAGUGAAGUGCUGGCAGGUCACCUUCCUGGGGACUCUGCUGGAUAUGGAUGGGCCCCAGCGAACCCUCAACCAGAACCUGGAGCUCCGAUUCCAGUACAGCGAGGAGAGUCGCUGGCAGUGGUUCGUCCUUUACACCAAACAGGCUUUUUUGCUGAGCAGCUGCUUGAAAAAAAUGAUCUCAGAAAAGAUGGCAAAGCGAGCUGCGGAGAACCCCGAAAUGCAGAUUGAAGUUCCAGAACAAGGCAAAAGUAAAAAAUACCACAUUCAACAAAGCCAGCAGAAAGACUACUCUAGUUUUCUACCAAGAACAAGCAAGAUUAAGACAGCUGAAGGUGACUGUGUUUCCAGGACCCCAGAGGAAGAAGGUCUUUGAAGAGAAAGUCUCACUUUUUAAAAUGUCCUCUAAGGCUGUGUUGACCGUGCUUAAGUGUUGAAAGUGAGCUUCCUACCAUCAAUAAAAGAAAUUUUACCCCUUCCUAUUUUUGUGACAAUAAGAUGGACCCUCUUCGUCAAGACUACUUCAGAACUUUGUUAAACUCAAGAUGAAAAAGAAAUGCGAGCCAAAGCUAUCCUGUUUGUUUUAAUGACUCAUAAAUGACAAGUGGCAAAUCCAAAUCAAUUAGUAAGAAGCUUGUUCUUUCCUCCAUUCCCCUAAAAUAGACGUUUACCUGGCUCCGUGACGUCUUUUAUAUGUUCUGACACGACACGAAUGAAAGGCUCAGCAGAAAGCGCUAUAAAUGCAUUUGGAAUGAAGUUCUGAAGAUGACUCAUCAGCUGAGGAAAAGAUGGCUCUAAGAAAUGGAAUCAUUGAAAAAAAAAUUAGGACUUUACUGGUGUGUCCACAGCACCAAAGCAAGGAGGGGAGGAAAUAUUGAUUUGUUUCCUUACGUAAUUCUGAGCCUACUACUGUGGGUGUUACUCAAAGUAAUACAGAGUUCUCUAUUUCUCUACUCUUGUCAUUGUAUUCUGCCCUUAGAAUACUAAAUUCAGUUCAGUGGUCAUCAUGCUAUUUUGAUUAUUUUUAUUUUGGAAAGCAAUGGGUAUCAGUAUCAGAUACCUUGUAAGUCUCUUAGCUUUACAAAUACGUAUACUUAGUCAUUAGAUUUUUCCUUAUCCAGUUUCAGUUUAUGAUGAUAAUUAAUGUAAUAUAUAUAGAAUUAUGACCACAAUAAGGGAGAAGGACAGAAGAAUCUAUGAAAUGUAAUUAGAUGAAGUGUAAUAUUCUGAUGUUCUUUUCUAACUAGGUUGUGUAACUAAUGAUGCAAUAAAUAUGAAAUAUAUUCCAGUGAA